AUCACCUGUUGAAUCAUGUCUUUUGAGAGAGAGUCGUCCCAUAAAGACCUGGAUGAUAAGUCGGAAAAAUCUCUCGAUGAUGAGGCAAAAGAAUCAAAAGUUGAGCUCCACGAGAGCUUGGAUGAGUAUGACUUAGAAAUCCUCCAUGACAUUUUCGCUAAACAAACAGGAAAAGGUUUYGAUUUGCCCACAUURAAAGAAAUCCUCGAAAAUGUUGGCAAAAUCCAACUCUCCGACGAGGAUUUCAACGUGAUUUUCAUGCGAAUGAACACUGCGAGAAACGGGUUUGUCAACUGGAAUGAAUUUAUCUCAUUUCUAAUUUUGUGUUACGAACAAAAAGAUGUGAAAGCCGAGUUUGAGACCUUGGAGAAUCCGAUUCCGGUUGCGGCCACUCUAGUCAAGAGCAACCAUCGCUAUACCAUCAACAGGAUCACAUACUGUCCGACUGUGCGCCCCGACAGGACYAUAAGUUGGCAYGAUGGUAGUUUUAUGACUUGUAGUCGCGAUGGUACCAUCAACUAUUGGUCACUGGACGUCCAAUUUGAAAGAUCGGUCAAGUCCACGUGUCCUAAUUUACGAGUCCAGCAGACUUGGGUCACCGAUAUGGUGGCCCUACCUGAUGUCAGUGUCGUUUGUACUUCGAGUACUGAACGAGACUUGAGAUUUUACGACACCAGUGCGAGAAAAUUUGAAUUGAGAGUUAUUUUCACAUCAAUUGAGUGGGCUAUCUAUAGUAUGAACUACUGGUUCAGUGACGACCCGAACGAAGAGUCCAAAUUGGUCCUAGGAGACAUGGGGGGUAACAUCCAUGUUAUUUUCAUCGAGUCCUUUGCUCGUGGGCCUUUUCGCAGCCAGUUAGGUCUACCAUUACUUGAAGUUCGAUAUGAUAAAGUAAUCAAAGGACUUGUGGACGGAUUUCGGGUCACAAUUCUCCCAAAACAACACUCAAACGUGAUUUUGCAAAUCCAGUACUACCAUCGCCUCAAUAGUAUCAUUUCGUGUUCCGAAUGCCAGAAAGUGGGGCUCCUGAUGAGAGAUUUGGCUGAAGACAAAGGCAAAUAUGUGUACAAUCUCCCCAAAGGUGCUUGGUGUUUUUCGGUCGAUGGUACCCAAAUGUUGGCGUGUGGUGGUCCUGAUUGUUUGGUACGUCUGUGGAACCCGUUUGUCCCCCAAAACCCCAUUGCGGUGUUAUAUGGCCAUCAUACGGCCAUAUGUUCCAUGAUUUUGCAAGACACAAAAUUUUUGUAUAGUUUGUCUCAGGAUAAGAGUAUCAGGGUUUGGGAUGUGGCCAAGCAAACCUGUGUCCAAAACUAUCUCGGGAUCCCGCAGGAAUUAGGGGAGCAUAGCGAUAUGACCACACUUUACAAUCCCGAGAGUCGGCAAUGGAUCAUAGGGAGUACCAUGUUGGCCGUAAUCCCUCUCAGUCCCAAACAAAGUGGAGAACACACCGAUGGGUUCACGCAUACAGCCGGAGUUUCGGUAGUGCUCUAUAAUCCACUUUUCAAGAUAGUCGUCACUUGUGGCCUCGACAGCCAUAUCAUCGUCUGGAAUCCCUGGGAUGGCCGCCGCAUGAUCGCCAUCAAAGAAGCCCACACGAAAAGCGUCCAUGCUGAAAUAAUCCCAAUUGAAAUAACCGCUGCAAGUUUUGAUCCCGGGUACCAACGUCUAGUAACCGGUGCCCAUGAUGGUUCCCUCAAAAUUUGGAAUUUUAACACCGGAACUUGUCUCCGGAACAUGAAAAUUGAUCAAAACGCCGAGAUCAAAUGCAUAAUUUGGGUAAAACACCGGAUUCUGGUCAUGGGUUGGAACAGAAGAGUGACGGAAUUUGGCGAUAGUGGCGAAGUUGUGGCAUCGGGAGGACAGUUUCAUAAAAAUUGGGAUUUGAGGCACAGUGAAGAUAUCAGUGCUGCUGCUGUGAGGAUUCCCCAGACCAUAGUAACGGGAACUUAUGAUGGGGAGUUGAUAAUGUGGAGGCUUGAGACGGGACAGCCCUACAAGCAAUUUAAUGCGGCUGAUCCCACCACAAGGAUUAAAAUUCAGUACAAGAAGCUGAAGCACAAAGUCGAGGCAAAAGUGAACAAAUUCAGCAAGAAGAAUAUCAUCGCGCGAGCUUUGGGCAAACCAAUCGAAAAAGAGAAAAAAGAAGCCCCAAAACCGAUUCCAGUUGAAGAGGAGGCCGUCAAGCCCAACGUUUCACGCCGUCUUUCCGCAGUCCAAAAACUCAUCGGGCAAAGCUCGACCACUUCGAGUCGAAUCCCUUCGAGGGCUCGACGGGUCUCAACUGUCGUAAUGCCCGAACAGUGUAUGCCUUUGAGGCGACUUGCCAUCCAUUCGGUGCUGUUCCUCAACCACCGACCCAUGGAUCCCGAAAUUGGGACUCUAUUGAUUUCGCUCGAAAACGGGGCGAUUCAAGUGUGGUCCCACCAUAUAAGUGGGGGGUUUCUGACGUCAUUUUCGGCCAUACACAAAGCUGGAGAUUAUGUCAUUUGUAUGGCAACUGACGAGAAGAAUAAUUAUCUCUUCACGGGGUCCAGUGUGGGAUAUAUUAAAACGUGGCUUUUAAAAAACUAUUGUGAGCCAGAAAGGGAAAGAAUAAGCAUGCCAAAACUGAGACUGCAGUUUCCGUUUUUGUGGGGUGAUUUUUUCGCGGGUCGGGCUGCAAGGAUUGCAAGGUCCCAAAACUUGCCGAUGCUUUUGAAUAGUUACAAAGGGCAUUUAAUGACGAUUUCGUAUUUAUCGUACAUUGAUGAUGCCCAAAUCUUGAUAAGUGCCAGUGCUGACUACACCGCUCGAAUGUGGACGCUUGGCGGGCGCUAUUUACAAACUUUGGGGACAUUUAAGAAAUGGAAAAAUGUUCCACAAGGCCACGAAGCGCGACCUGAGGAGUUCCAAUUCACAACACCUCCAGACAUCGAGAGAGUUGGAAGUUCGACAACUCUCCGAGUGCUUCGAGGUGGUGCAACUCUCCGUAAAAUGACUUUCAAACAAAUGCAAGCCAAGGAGGUGAAAGAGUUGACACAUGUUGACCUCAGCAAGAUUUACGGAAAGAGAUUGGAAGAUCCAAUUUUAGGACAUUACUAUAAGCCGUCAGUGAGGACGACGCAAUUUCAUGAAAUUAAAUUUGACACGUCGUUUCCUUACAUUCCUGUUUAUCAACAUUUAAUUAUGCCUCCGUCCCAUAAUUUAACUUUGACUACCCUGAAACCAAAAUCACAAGAGGCUUUGCAGAAUGUGAAGAAACCUUCGAAAGGUGAAGAAGCCGAAAAGAAGGACAAGGAAAGUAAAAGGUCAUCUGGUUCGAAGUAAAUUCGCUUCAAUAAUUAAUUAUAUGAAAAUAAAUUCCCAAACAAAUCUAAGUUUGACAAAAACGUUUUUUACUUUGAAUUUCGUCAAAUAUGGUUGACAGUAGUAGUUUGUGCAAAUAAUUUUAGGUGGGAAUGGAUAAAAAGCUUUUCGUUCAAAUUGUUUAUU